UUGAGGAGGUGAAGUUUUCAUCUUCCGGAUUCUAAGAUGGCGGUCAUGGGGAUCUCUAUAGCUUUGAUUUUAGUUCUUUUGGCUGGAGACGCUUCUGCUUUGACCAAAUCCGAGUUGUUUCCUUACGGAAGGGAAGAAACGUUGCCAGGCCAAGAUGACGUCAGUUCUCCAGAAGUAGCUUUGGCAAUUCCAAUCAUUUUCUAUGGAACCGAAUACAGGUCGAUAUAUGUAAAUGACAAUGGGCUUUUGUCUUUUUUAACAGAAGUUCCAUCCUUUUUUAACGCACAAUUUCCACUUACUUACCCAAUAAUAGCACCGUUAUAUUCAGAUGUGGACACAAGAGGAUCUGGCAGAGUUUAUUACAGAGAAACUCAAGCACCAGAACUUCUUGAACGAGCCACAAGAGAUAUUCGAAGUCAUUUUUCGAAUGCAGGAUCAUUUCAGCCUCGAAGUCUCUUCAUCGUUACAUGGGAAGAAGUGGGACAUUACAACAGAGGAACUGAUAAACAAAACACCUUUCAAGUAAUCUUGGCAUCAGAUGGAGAUGAUACUUAUGCAUAUUUCUUAUAUCCGUCCGGAGGUGUGCAGUGGAUUCAAGGGCAAGGCAAAAAUCCCAACCUGCCAGAUGCCCGAGCACAAGCUGGAUUCAUGUCUGGAGAUGGACGAUUGUACACUCUCAGAGGUUCUGGAACCGAACAAGCAAGAAACUUUGACAGAAUGUCAAAUGCUCGGAAGCCAGGCCUUUGGCUUUUCCACAUUGGUCGCCCGCUUGGUUCAGAGGGCAAUGUUAUGCCUGCAGAUCUCGAAUCCUCGCCAAAUAACGAAGAUAGGCCGGAUGGACAGUCUGCUACAUGUGCGGAUACACUUCUUCCUUGUCCUCCUCAUUCAACUUGCAUCGAUCACCCUGAAAAAGAUGGUUUUUGCUGCGUGUGUAAAGACAAUUAUUUCGGGAACGGAAGAAACUGUGUCGAGAAAAAUUCUCCUCAGAGAAUGAAUGGCAAAGUGAGCGGCAUGAUUAACGAUGUUCAACUUCAAGAUGCGGACCUGCACGCGUACAUCGUGACAGAAGAUGGUCGGACGUACACAGCAAUAAGUCGUGUUCCCUCGGCAGUUGGAUCAGACCUGCAAAUACUCACCCCUCUAGGAGCGGUCGUUGGGUGGCUUUUUGCUGUUUCACGAAGUGGAGCACCUAACGGAUUCACUAUAACAGGUGGCGCUUUUAACCGUACUGUUGAAGUGGACUUCCCUCAAUCUGGACAUCACGUGUUCAUCGAGGAGUCCUUCCUCGGCCCCGAUGUCUUCAAUUACAUGAGAGUUCAAGUGAAAAUCAGAGGAACGCUGCCAUCGAUACCAGAUGGCUCCAAGAUUGAAAUUCCAGAUUAUGAGGAAGAAUAUACCCGAAUUUCUGAAGGUCUUAUUCGAUCACAUGCUUCUCGAUCUUAUCGAUUGGAGGGAAACAAUUUGGAAGUGCCUUUUACCCUAGACCAGACCAUCACUUACAGCGAAUGCGAAGUGCCCAUGCUGACCACUCGAUUGAAGGUGGCAAGGAACUUCAUCGUUUAUGAUGGACAAGAGCAGAUUGUUCGUUAUGCUAUGACGAAUAAAAUCUCGCCUCUGAGUGUGGAAGACCCUUGCAAAGAAGGCCGUCACCAGUGUGGACUAAAUAGUAACUGCGUAGUCGAAGGCGAUUCCUUCCGCUGUGCAUGCUCACAAGGGUAUCAAGCCAUUUACGAAGAAGCCAUUGAAGCAAAGCGUACUACCUGCAUAGACGUAAACGAAUGUGCAAUUGGAAGAGACAACUGUCACGCUCAUGCAGAAUGCAUUAACAUUCCCGGAUCCUUUGCCUGUCGCUGUCAACCUGGAUAUCUUGGAGAUGGGACUAACUGCGAGCGUAAACGUACAUGCUCAGAUUUGAAUUGUGAUCCAAAUGCUGAUUGCGUAGAAAGGCUACAAGGACCACAUUGCCAAUGCAGGCCGGGAUACGUAGGCGAUGGCCUCUCGUGUCAAGAGGGCGAAGAAGACGAUUGUUCUGUCAUAAACUAUUGCGACCAUCGGGCAGAGUGCAUCUUCGUGGAAGCAAGACAGAGGCACGAAUGCCGCUGCAGAUCGGGAUACACAGGUAAUGGUGUAGUUUGCGUGGAGGACUCUUGCGAUAUCGCAGACAAUUGUAAUCCAGAUGGUAGCUGCUUAUACGAUGAAGUAGGAGAAGCGUACUAUUGUGCCUGCAAUGCUGGCUUCUCCGGAGAUGGUUACGUGUGUCUUCCAGAAGGACAAUUUUCUAGUUGUGACGUCAUUAAUAACUGUCAUCCUGCUGCCCAGUGUGUGUUUGAUUCCCAAUCACAGAGGUAUCAAUGUCGGUGUAACGCUGGCUACAGAGGCGAUGGUCAGACUUGCACUCGAGCCGAUGAUGUGGGUUGCGAUCGUGUCAACAUAUGCUCUCCCCAUGCAUUGUGUACCAGAGAUGAAUUUGUGGGGAGAUACGUCUGCCGUUGUAAUGAGGGGUAUGAAGGGGACGGCCAGACGUGCACACCUGUUGACGAAUGCAGUACAGCUGACAACUGUGACCCCAACGCACAGUGCCUGUACGACUCAGGCAGCCAGAGGUAUCGUUGUCAGUGCUUGGCUGGGUUCAGAGGCACCGGAAGAAUUGGUGGAUGCAGUCCAGAUCUUGAUGCUUCAUGUAAUGUACGCAACACUUGCCACGAACAGGCUGUUUGUGCUUAUGAUUCGGUAGAUUUGCGAUACCGGUGUCAGUGUAACCCGGGAUACAACGGCGAUGGUUACAGGUGCGAAAAGGCUGAGAUUCCCUGCAACGUCAUAAACAGUUGUCAUGUGAGAGCUGAAUGUGUUUAUGAUUCAGGUUCUAGAGGAUACAGAUGCCGUUGCUUACCUGGUUAUGAUGGCGAUGGACACGACUGUCGCGUUUUGAGAUCGUGCCGAGAGGAUCGUUACUUGUGUGAUCGAAAUGCCGAUUGUGUCCCCAAUGAAGCCACAGGAGAAUUUACAUGUCAUUGCAAGCAAGGAUUUAUAGGAGAUGGCAUUUCCUGCACUGCUGCUCCACAACACGUUGGUGGUUACUUGGUGUUUGCACACGGAAUGUCUCUGCUGCGCGUUCCAACAACUCCAACCAAGAGCAACCCAGGACAACUUUUGUUGAUGGAACCAAACCAGACACCAGUUGGACUAGCCACGGAUUGUAAAGAAGGACAACUUUAUUGGGCAGAUGCAUCUUUGAGAGUAAUACGAAGAGCAAAUUACAACGGGUCUGACGUGUCCAUGGUCAUUUCCGACGAUAUGCUCUCACCAGAAGGAAUCGCUGUUGAUUGGCUAGGAAGGACCAUAUACUGGACCGAUUCAGGCAAAGAUACCAUUGAAGUAGCAAGUCUCACACAGAAAUACCGAAAAAUUCUUAUAUCUGAAGGACUUGAUAAUCCCAGAGGCAUAUCCGUACAUCCUGGAUUAGGCAAGAUGUACUGGACUGACUGGAACCGUGAUGCUCCUAAGAUCGAAGUUGCCAACAUGGAUGGAACCGGUCGCACCGAACUGGUGAAAGAUAACCUUGCAUUACCAAAUAUGCUGGUCGUCGAUUUCCAACGAAAUAACCUUUGCUGGACCGAUGCAGGACUUGGCAGGAUUGAAUGUAUCUCUUUAGGUGGACUUAGUAGGCGUCUAGUCUACACACCAGCCGCUUAUCCAUUUGGAAUUGCAAUACAUGAAAGAUAUAUUUAUUGGACCGAUUGGGAACUGAAGUUUUUACAUCGGGUUGACAUAAAUGGAGGUGAAGCAGAACCAUUAGAAGUUCCAGCUGGAGGAAGUGGAAGAAUGUAUGGAUUGGUCUCACUACCUUCUUACUGUCCUUCAGUCGGAAGUCCAUGUGCAAUUGAAAACGGCGGAUGUAGAUACCUCUGUCUUCCUGACGGACGAGGUGGUCGUUCAUGUGUCUGUCCAGACACUGAUGGAACAUCAGAAGUGGAAUGCAAUGAGAUAGUUUCUUGAUUUCAAGCAUUUAAAGGAACAGAAGGCAUUAAAUGAAACUGUUUGUGAGAACGAAUGUCUUGUUGAUGAACUUUCCUCAAGUCGUUCAAUUUUUACUCUACAGUUAUGUUCAUACCUCAUGUUAGUGCGAACAGUUUGAAAGCUGUAAAAGUGUUUUAUGUAUAAUAUUUUUGUACAAUUUUUUUCAUUUAAUAAAGUCAUUUCAUAAAAAAAA